CCUUUAACUUUCCCAAUAUUUAUUUUAUCUCAUUUCCAUUUCUUUUGGUGUCCUAAAAAGAAAGAAAAUUCCUUUAGGUCCUCAAGGGGCUUUGACUGUACCCUUCCGAUUCUUGCUUGCUUCAGGCUCAAAAUUGCUUCGCCUCAAACAUAUUUUCCUUAGAAAGGGAUGGAGAGGGAACACAUACUAAAUGCACCAUGACGUAAUUUCUUGGAAGGAUAUCUUAUAUUACUAAUUAUUAUAGGUCAAGUUGUGUCGGAUUGAAACCACUUGAGAAGAAAAUGGAAUGUGCUUGUGCUUUUUGUAUAAAAGGACAUUCUUGUGGUUGUGUUUAAUUCACUUUAAGCUUACUUGUGCUCAAGGGAUGGAGAGAUAACACAUACUAAAUGUACCUUGACAUGAUUUCUUGGAAGGAUAUCUUAUAUUACUAAUUAUUAUAGGUCAAAUUGCGUUGGAUUGAAACCACUUGAAAUGAAAAUGGAAUGUGCUUGCACUUUUUAAGGAAUACCAGAUAUGGUAUUACUUUUAUAAUUUUAGAAAGUAAUAUGAAAAAAUUGUAUUGCAGUUAUUUUCUACAUACACGUUGCUGCAUUAGAUAUUCAUUUGGAGUGAUAUUGGAAUUUUGUAAGAAUUUGUAAUCAUGCUUCUGUUGAAAUAAUGGUGAAAACUGUUUCUUGUUUAGAUAAGAUUGUGUGUCAGAUAAAGAAAUAUAUAAUCUCUGUUUAGUAAUAUGGACUUCUCUAUAAAGAAACCAAAACUCGAAGUUUCAAAAAAAAAGAUGUCUUGUUCGUUUUUAGCAAAGCAUAUGCUAAUAGAAUAUUAUCCAGUUAAUGCAUUUAUUUCUCAGUUAGUUUUCUAAAUCAGAUGUGUAUUUUUAUUAAGAGAGUUUUUCUUCCUUUGGAUCAGGCUUCAGAAGCUUGGAUUUGUUACCUCUGUCUUAAGGCAUGAAAGAGCCUUAAGAUACAGGUCGUGGGUUUUGAAGCUUUUUCAUAUUCAUAAUAUCUAGGUGAGGAAGAAACACGUUAAAGUACAUCAGAAUUAUGGAGUGUAACAAAGAUGAGGCACUCAGAGCAAAGGAAAUUGCCGAAAGGAAGGUUACGGAGAAGGAUUACAAUGGAGCUAAAAAGUUCGCUUUGAAGGCUCAAAAUUUGUAUCCUGGGCUUGAUGGUGUUGCUCAGAUGUUGACAACACUAGAUGUGUAUAUUUCUGCAGAGAAUAAAGUAAGUGGAGAGGCAGAUUGGUAUGGUGUGCUAGGGUUGAACCCAUCUGCAGAUGAUGAGCUUGUGAGAAAACAAUACAGAAAGCUGGCUCUUAUACUUCACCCAGAUAAAAACAAGUCGGUAGGUGCAGAUGGUGCUUUUAAGCUUGUUUCUGAGGCCUGGGGCUUAUUAUCAGAUAGGUCUAAGAGGUUGGCAUAUAACCAGAAGAUAAAUUUUAGGGGAACUCAACAGAAAUUUCCUGUACAGAGUGGGCUUUCAUCAGUGCCACCUAGGGCAAAUGGCUCUCACAGUUCUAGUUCUAACCUUGCGUCAAAUGUUAGGACUCAGAACAGUCAUAGCCAAGUUGGUCAAACCUCAUUUGCUUCUAAUAAAAAGCCUGCUACCUUUUGGACUGUUUGCAAUAGAUGCAAGACACAGUAUGAAUACCUCAGGAUUUACCUGAAUCAAACACUUCUAUGCCCUAAUUGUCAUGAGGCCUUUUUGGCUUUAGAAAAGGCACCUCCCCCAAAUGUUUACAGGUCAUCAAAUUGGUCCGCACAACAGCAGUCUUCAGGGAAUCAUGCUGCAAAUAAUAAUCUAUUUAACCAUGGAACAAAUUCUUCCAGUUCUCAGAAUUCAGUACAUGAUGGAAGUUUCUGGAAGAGUCAAGAGAGAGUGAAAAGGGAGCAUGAAGAAGCUCUUAAAGCGGAGAAACUCCUGAAGAAGAGAAAAGAUGAUAUUCACGGUAAUGGUUAUGUAGGUAACAUGGCAAGUCAAACAGCCAUGGGAAAUGUACCUGGCUCGGGGAACACAUUUGAAUCUAGGGGUGUUUUCGAAAAAGGAAGUAUCUAUGGGUACUCUGGAAAUUAUAACAAGCCCAUCACUGAGAGAGAAUUGUCAUUGUUUGAAAUUCGGAACAUGCUGAUUCACAAGGCACAGAAUGUUAUUCAUAAUAAGCUUAAGGAGUGGAGAUCAGCAACUGAAGUCAGAACUGCUGACAAAGUUAAAGUGAAGGUCAGAGGGAAAGAAAAUAGGAAACAGAGGAGCAUGGCAAAUGGAGAUGGACAUGAUACCAAUAACGAAUAUCAUGGCAAGCAGUCUCUUCCUGCCUCUUCUCCUGAUGUAUCAGAUGCGGGGACUGCAUCAUUAACAAUAAAUGUUCCAGAUCCUGAUUUCCACAAUUUUGACUUGGGUCGAAGUGAAAAUUCUUUUGAAGAAGACCAGGUCUGGGCUGCGUAUGACAAUGAUGAUGGAAUGCCCCGAUUCUAUGCUCGAAUUCACAAGGUGAUCUCGUUAAAGCCUUUUAAGAUGAAAAUUAGUUGGCUAAAUUCAAGAAGCAACAGUGAAUUUGGUUUUCUAGACUGGAUAGGCUCUGGUUUCACCAAAACUUGUGGGGAGUUCAGAAGUGGCAGACAUGAAAUAAGUGAAACAUUAAAUUAUUUCUCCCACAAGGUUCAGUGGACAAAAGGUACACGUGGAGUAAUUAGAAUAUUUCCUAGGAAGGGGGAUGUCUGGGCUCUUUACAGGAACUGGUCUCCGGAUUGGAAUGAACAUACCCCGAAUGAAGUGAUACACAAAUAUGACAUGGUGGAAGUGCUUGAUGAUUAUAACGGGGAACAAGGAGUCUCUGUGGUCCCUCUAGUCAAGGUUACUGGUUUUACUACAGUUUUUCAUAAGCAUAUGGACCCCAAGGAAGUCAGGAGGAUUCCUAGAGGGGAGAUGUUUCGCUUUUCACAUCAGGUUCCUAAUUACUUGCUUACAGGCCGAGAAGCUCAUAAUGCUCCAACGGGAUGCCGUGAGUUAGACCCAGCAGCCACCCCUUUAGAGCUACUUGAGGUAAUUAAUGAAGCCAAUGAGACAUCUGUGGAGGAUAAUUCUCUGAAAUCUGAUAAAGAGUCCUUAAAGAGUGCAAGAGAACUUGCGGCAGAUGGACAGGGGGAGACAGUUGAUGAAAAUGCCCGGGAAGGGUAGUUUGUAGAGAAAUAGCGAACAAGCCAAGGAUGAUUAACUAAUGGUGCUUGCCCAGAGGACCAUAGGAUGCUGAUGUGCAGAUGAUGCUGAAAAAGCUUAAAAGUAUCGGAAUAUGAAGAUGCUGACUGCACCAACCUGGUGAGUUUUUGAUAUUUUUGUAAGCUUGUGGAACUGUAGAAAUUGCUUCUUUUUGUUGUGCCAUAGUUGGAUCCAAGUGAGGUCCAUGCUUUUGUUUUUACUUACUAUGGUAAAAGCUUAAUAUAGAACACUCGAAAUUAAUAGGAUUUGCUUCUUGAA